AUGGAACCACCACAAGUUAUGGAACUCGAGCCAGCGAUGGCGGCGCAGGCAAGAAGGAAGUUCUACGGUGACAAGCGUUUCUCAGACUUCACGGUCAUCUGUCAUGGGACAGAAUACCACGUCCACCGAGUCCUAGUCGCUACUCAGAGCAAGUGGUUUGAAGCUUGCUGCACCGCAUUCAAGGGGGAGGUCGAGUACGGAGAUGACCUCUCCUUUAUUAAAGGAGCCGUCUUCGCCGUGUACCAGCAGGUGGAGCUCCCGGAAAGCGACCGAACUCUGAAGACCGUGGUGCUCGAAGCUUGGGUGUCGCGUCGCAAGAUCGUCUACGUCGAAAGCGAAUUGAGACAGCUUCUGAAGGAUGUUCCAGAAAUAAAGUCAAUGUAUGAAUUUCUCAACCCACUUCGUGUUCGACCUGACCACUGUCACGCCCAACGAACGAUGGAAAACCUCCAAGCGGCUGCCGCCGCUUCUUAUGGCGACGACAAGUUCUCCGACUUCAUCAUCGUUUGUGAUGGCAAGGAAUACAAGGUCCAUCGUUUCAUCAUCUGCGCGCACUCUGAGUACUUCAAACGCGUCUGCACAAGCGCAUUCAUGGAAGCAAGUCAGCAGAAGAUCGAGCUCAAGGAAGACCUACCGCAAGCCAUCAAGUGCAUGAUUGAGUACUUCUACAAGUUGGACUACGACGACUUCGAGGGCGUUCCAGAGUCUCGGAACGAGGCAGACAAUUCCGACCUCCCGUGGAUCAAAGAACCUCAAUUCGCUAUGCAGCUGAACGCAUACAUCUACGCCGUGGCUGAGAAAUAUGAGGUGAUUGGUCUUAAGGCAUUGGCGCUCGAUAAGCUAAAGCAGCAAGCUGCCCGUGUCGACCUGUCGACUUUUCGUCGCCUAGCCUGGACAGCGCGAACCGUAUACCUGGACAUCUUACUGCCCGAACAUGAUAGGAGCUGUCACUCCUUACUGGUCGACGUCUACUUGUUGCACGCGGGCGGAGUAGUCGCUCAAAGCAAUUUUGAUAUAGGCGUAUACCUGGAGCUGAUAUCCAGGAGAGUGCCAGAGUUCGCGUUGAACGUGGCCACGAAGCUCAUGAGCGGUUUUAAACGUAAUCGCAUGUGGACACAGUGUCCUCGCUGUAUGAAGAGACAAGAGACUGUUCAAUCGCCGACAGACAACCAAGAUUGCAGCGCCUGCCAACCCAG